AUGGAUUCUCAAGAAGAACAUAUAAAGGUAUCAAUAAGAGUGCGACCAUUUCUAUCUUAUAACAAUUAUCAUCCUCAAAUCAUAAGGAUUGACGAUGUGACUUUAAUAUAGGAAAAAACUAUUCAUAUAGACGAUAGCGAGCACACUAUAACAAGCCACUACGACAAAAUUUUCUCCCAAAAUUCAAGUCAAAAAGAUGUUUUUGACUUUGUCUGCCCUUCAGUCCUACAAACUUUAGAAGGGUUCAAUGCAACAAUUUUUGCAUACGGACAAACAGGAUCAGGAAAAACACACACUAUUUUUGGUGUUGGUUGAGAAAAUAAUGAGCUUUUCACAGAAAAUUCAAAUCAAGGUAUAAUCCCAAGAGCAAUUUCAAAGCUGUUUAGCAUUGAAAACGAAUAUAUAUUCUGUUUAUUUUAAAUAAAAGCAUUUAUUCAGUAUUCAAUAACUAUUAGCAGCAACUUAAUGGCUGUCUUUUUUAAUCAAAAAAUAUUAAAUAUCUUUCAAUUUAAAUUUUUUGCAGAUUUACAACGAACACUUAUAUGAUCUCUUAUCAGACCCAGCCAGAGCUAAAUCUUUAAGAAUUCGAGAGUACAAAAGCGAGAUCUUUAUAGAUGGACUUGAAGAAACAUCAAUUAGUUCUGCUAACGAAUGCAUGCUACUACUAUCUGAAGGUAUUAAAAACAGAGCAGUCCGCCAGACUAGGCUAAAUAAUCAGAGUAGCCGAUCUCAUUCAAUUUUUCAGUUGUAUGUGAUUAAUAAAAAGGGAGGUUUCAGAAGAAGCAAGCUCAGCUUUUGUGACUUGGCUGGAUGCGAAAGAUAUGAUAAAGAAUAUGAGAUGAAUAAUGGCCAUAUAAAUGAGUUGAAAAAUAUCAAUAAAAGCUUAAGCACUCUAGGAAUGGUAAUUCAUGCCUUGGCAAGCGGAAAUAAAGAGCACAUACCUUAUAGAGACUCAAAGCUUACUAGAUUGCUACAAGAUUCUUUAGGUGGCAACACAAAAACAAUACUAAUUGCCACGAUUUCUCCACAAAUAGAGCAUGUUGAUACAACAAUAAAUACACUUAUAUUUGCAGAUAGGGCGAAAGAAAUAAUGGUAAGAGUCAAGAGAAAUGAGCCAGCAGCCAUGAAUUCGACUGAAAUUAUUAUAAAUCUUCAGCAAGAAAUUGAAAAACUGAAAAGUCUUUUAAGUGUCGUUAGAGUCGAAAAUGGGGCGUCAGAAUUAAAUAAAAAAGUUUUAGAAUUGGAACAAGAGAACGAAUAUUUGCGAAGAAUUACGGAAAAUCAAGAGGUUGAAUAUACUGAUGUAUCAGAAGAUAGCGAAGAAGAAAAUCAUAUCUUGGGUUUAUCUCCAAGCAUAGGGAAAAAUCUUCUCAAGCUGCCUGACUAUUUUUCGUCAAAAUCUCAAAAAAUUUCUCCAGAGCCUUCAGAUCAUGAAAAUUAUAGCUUUUUGCCAGCUAAAACUGGCAAAAACACCAAGCGAUAUGUAUUUUCUGAAGAUUUAGAUUUUUGUAACAAACGUGAAACCGACUCUCCAUUUCCCCAUACCAAAAAUUUUUCAACGUAUAUCGGUACAUUUCCAUCUGAAAGCUCACCUAUAAGGCACGAAAAGUUCUAUGUAAAAAAUGUAGACAAUUCGCCGGCAGGUCGUGGCACACUUGCAAAAUCUACAAAAAAUCUUCGAUCAUUAGAUGAUUUAAUUGAAGAAAAAUAUGUGGAUGAAGAAAAAGAGCGAAAAUUAGCUGAAGCAAAACUCAGAAAAGUCCAUCAUAGGCUGACUAGACUAGAUGAGCUUGAGGCUGAAAGAAAAAUGAAAUUUAAAAUGGAUUUCGAAAGAAUUACUUAUGAAAAGAGAAAAGAAAAAGACAAAAUUAGGCUAGAAUUGGCAGAAAAAGAAAGAAGAAGACAAAUAAGAAGAGAAAAAAGGAUCAGGGAGAUGCAGAAAAUCAAAAAAUUCGAAGAAGCAAGAAGAAGAGAAGAAAUGGCACGACUAGAAGCUAUAAUGAAGAUUGAAGAAAACAAUAAAAGAAACGAAGAAAAAAAAAAGGAAAAAAUUUUGGAACAAAAGCGAAAAUUAGCUGAAUUCAACGCGAGAAAACAAAUAAAACAAGAAAGAGGUUUCAUUUCAGGAGCCUGGGGAUAA